AACUACGAAGGAUUAUCAUUAUUCGAAAAUGUCUAAAUUCUGGAGAGCGUUAAUAUGAUGCGCGGACUGCGCCCUAAUUUAUAACUCCUCGACUUGGCUCAAAACUGUCCGACGUACAUCGCGUCUCGUCGAUACGUUGGUCUGGAUAUACGGACAUGUGUCUGUCGAUUGUCGACGUAUCGUGUACCGUAGAAUUUCAGUAGUCGCGUUUGUCCGCCUUCGUAACGAUCGGUAUAAUACGACAGCGGUAUUGGAGUGAUAGUGCGUGUGCUCCGUCAGUGUUGGUACACUAAUUCGACCUAAAAAUGGCAUUAAAUCCAACGUCUGCCAAUGAUCACACGGUCAACAAAGUAGCUGUGUGUUCGGCGAUUUUUGCUGGUUUUGCGUAUGUCGGAUACUCGGUUGCCAAGAACGCGUUUGGACGACGUCUGGGCCGGAAGAGUGACGAUGGUUGCCACCAUGAGGAUCAACGCCUGUAUUUUCGCCGUCUGUCCCAGACAACACAGACCGAUGUCUUACUUGGAAACUUGGACACUUCGGAAACCACUCGUGUGUUUCUACGGCCCAUGACCGUACAGCAAAGAAUUAAAGAGCUUAAUUUGCGGGCAAGAAUGUUUGCUGACACAAUGAUGGCUAUACAGACACCUUCAAACAAACAUUCCUUGCAUGGACCUAGAAGCUUACAGGCGUCACCGUGGAAUUCACCUAGAAUAAUGAGUCCUGUAGAUGCUAGACAUAUAUUAGGAAGUCGAUCCACCGAAAACCUAAGACUAUGUGAUAAUUAUGCAUUAGAAUCGAAUUUUGGCACACCGUUAAGAAGAAAAAGUUCCAGUAGGUCAUUAAGAAGAAAAUCCCCGCAACCAGGUGAACACAGACUUUCUGUAAGCCAGUCUAAUCAAGAUAUGGAAGAAUUUGAAAAGAUUAACCAACCAUCUUUGUUGAAUAGACCUAUGGAACCGAAUGAAGCUAAAAAUUUAUUAUUAUUGAUGGGAUCCAGAGAUAUUCUAGUACUUGAAAAAGUACUUGUGACUGUUAGUAAUUUAGCAACAUUUACUCCAAACCAAGAAGUAAUGAGGGAAGCUGGGUACUUGAGUCAACUUCAGCAGUUGAUUUAUCACCCAGAAGAAUCUGUUCAAAUAACUGCACUUGUGGCAUUGGGGAAUUUGGCUUUAAACAAAAAUAAUUCAAAAGAAAUGAAGGAAACAAUUCCAAUGUUAUUAGCCCUAAUGAAAAUGAUGGAUUCGGAUGAGAUUAUUUACAACUGUUUAUCCACUAUGACCAACAUUGCAGUAUUCCAUAUGUGGCAUAGUGAAUUGCAACCAGCUAUACAUACUUUAUACGGUUUAUUAGAGAGUCAAAAUAACAAAGUUGUUCUUCAAUGCUUAAAACUAUUAAUCAACUUAUCUUGUAAUGAUGAUAUGAUUCCAUAUCUUCUAGGUGGACAAGCUCCCAAAAAACUAUUGUCCAUGUUGCACUUGAAUGAAAAUGAAGACAUUCUACUUAGAGUUGUAACAUUAUUUAGCAAUCUUACUGAUGCCGUAAAAGCAAUGGAAUUAGAUCCUGUAUUAGAUUUGCCUGUAGAAGACAAAGCCGCAGCGCCUGAUACUAUCAGGUAUGCUAACAUUUAUGGUGUUAAUAUGGUAGAGAAAAUACGCACAAAAAGCUUAGUACUGAUGAAACAGCAUAAAAAUGAAGAAAUUCGAGUUCGUGCACAAAAAAUCUACAACGCUCUCUCCGACUAAAUGUAUGUUGUAAUCAAGAUUAUUUUGUACUAUAUGUCAGCAACAUAACAUUCCGAUAGUAAUUGAGUUUUUAUUUACUGUUUAAAAAAACUUAUACCAACAAACACCUUGUUAAAAUGUAAGUUUCAUUACUAGGUUUAUAAUUCAAAUGUAUUAUCAUAUUAGUAUUAUACAUUAUUGAUACAAAAUGACAUUCUAUUAAAACUAUUUUAAUUAGU